AUGCUGCCGCCGCCGCGGACGUCCACGUCCACCACGUCCUCCUUCGAGCCGAUGACUCGACAAAAUACCUUCUCCUCUCAAGAUGGCGCUCGAUCGUUACGACAGAGUAAAAGGGCUAGCAUGACUGCUCUGCUUGUAAGUAUGAAUGCCCGAGAAAGAGAUUUGGAAAUAUCGGACGACCUUGCAAGAGCACAAAGGCUUCUCCGAGAACUCAAGGUGAAGAUCUCGAGUCAAUCGAAGAAGAACUUUGUCUUGGAGAAGGAUGUUCGCUACCUUGACUCACGCAUAGCUCUCCUUAUUCAGAAUCGCAUGGCGUUGGAGGAGCAAAACGAAGUUGCGAGCCACCUGGAUGAAGCCGCAGAACUACAAGAGGGAGAAUUCCCCAACGACGAGAAGACACAAAAGUAUGGCAAUUUGCUAUUUCUGCUCCAGUCGGAACCAAAACACAUUGCGCAUUUAUGUCGACUGGUAACCAUGGCUGAGAUCGAUUCUCUGCUACAGACGGUCAUGUUUACGAUAUACGGAAACCAAUACGAAAGUCGAGAAGAGCAUCUGCUUCUCACCAUGUUUCAGUCCGUCCUUACCCAUCAAUUCGAGACCACUCCAGAGUACUCGAAUCUGUUACGCCAGAACACACCAGUUUCACGAAUGAUGACAACGUAUACACGAAGAGGACCCGGGCAGAGCUAUCUCAAAGAAGUGCUCUCCGAGAAGAUAAACUCGCUGAUUGAGCUCGAUGAGAUGGACCUCGAGAUUAAUCCAUUGAAGGUGUAUGAAAACAUGAUCAAGCAGAUCGAAGAGUCGACAGGCACUCUGCCAGAGGAUUUACCUCGUUCGGUUACUGCCGAAUUCGCAGCAGAACAUCCUCAGGUACACGCUAUCAUCGAUCCCAGACUACGUACCCUCAGCAAUCUAGCCGAGGGCUUUUUGGACGAAAUUAUAGUUGCAGUCGAAGACGCACCUUACGGUAUCAGGUGGAUAUGCAAGCAGAUUCGAAACCUUUCACGCAGGAAAUACCCGGAUGCGCGCGAUGAGGCGAUAUGUACUCUUAUAGGUGGAUUUUUCUUCUUGCGCUUUAUUAACCCUGCUAUCGUGACGCCAAAAUCCUAUAUGCUUAUCGAAAGGAAUCCAGACGACAAGCCGAAGCGAACCUUGACGUACAUUGCCAAAAUGUUGCAAAAUCUUGCCAACAAACCAUUGUACGCCAAAGAGCCAUAUAUGGCCAAAUUGCAACCUUUUAUUCAAAGGAACAAGGACAGGUGUAACAAGUUCAUGCUUGACCUGUGCGAGGUACAAGACUUCUAUGAAAGUCUGGAGAUGGACAAUUACGUCGCUUUGACCAAGAGAGACAUUGAGCUUAACAUCAGCAUCAACGAAGUUUAUGCCACACACUCCCUAUUGGAGAAACACAGUACGGACCUUGCAAGAGACCAUGAUUCUCACCUUGCCAUUCUUCUACGGGAGUUGGGUUCUGCACCUGCACAGCUGCCCAGGAAGGACAACCGAGCCAUUAUCCUGCCCCUAUACAGUCGCUGGGAGUCCUCCUUUGAUGAUCUGACACAGCAGCUCGACAUCACGCAAGAAGAAAUUCUCUUCUUGGAAGCGAAGAGUACGUUUGUACAGAUUAUCAGGAGUUUGCCGGACAGAAGCCGUGCACUGUCACGACCACUGCGACUCGAUCGCAUCGCAGAAGCAGCAGGCACACUCAGAAACGAUCCCGUUAUGGUCAGGAAAGGCAUACGGUGUGUAGAACUGCUAAGCACGCUGAGCGACAUGGGUGCUGUGGAAAGGGCUGACGACUAUGCGGUACUUCGCGACGAGAUCGAACAAGAAUUGACUCAUCUUGGCUCACUGAAGGACAAGGUCCUGGAAGAGACGCUGAAGCUAGAGGAUGUGUACAAAACGAUCCGAGAUCACAACACUUACCUUCUCUCGCAACUCGAGACAUACAAGAAUUACUUGCACAAUGUUCGAAGCCAGGCUGAGGGCGUUCGAAGACCUUCAAACGUUAAGGAAAAAUCACGGGAGCUUGGUCCGUACAAGUUCUCUCACGCGCAGCUCGAAAAGGACGGGGUCAUAAAGAGGAGCAACGUGCCUGACAACCGGCGAAGUAAUAUAUACUUCAUGUUCAGAAGUCCCACUGCUGGGACGUUUGUGAUUAGUCUUCACUACAAAGGACGUGCAAGAGGACUUUUGGAACUGGACCUCAAACUGGACGAUCUGUUGGAAAUGCAAAAAGACAACCAGUACGAACUCGAGCUCGAAUAUGUGCAGUUUGAUGUACCGAAAGUACUUGCUUUGCUCAAUAAACGGUUUGCACGAAAGAAAUGA